AGCUCGGCUGAUGACGUGUACGCUCCACUACUGUUAGCCGGCUAACUACUUAGCUUGCCCACCUGUCAGAAUUGAGGUGUGACAAUAAAGUAAAAGGUUACGAAGUGAAGAGACGCAAAGCGUUUCGCCAAAUCCCGAAAAAUGGAGACGCUUUACCACCAGACAAACAAACAAAUACAGGAGGUCCAGUCUUUGAUGGGGAGUCUGGAGAGGACAGACCGACAAUCAGUUCACUUGUUAGAGAACGAGCUGCAAGCCAGAAUCGACCAGAUCUUCAACCAACUAGAACGCCUUGAGAUCCUGGCCAGCAAGGAACCCCCGAACCGCCGCCAGAACGCCAAGCUACGAGUGGACCAGCUUAAAUAUGACGUGCAGCACCUCCGGACUGCCCUACAAAAUUUCCAGCACAGACGCUACGCCAGAGAGGCCCAGGAGCGAGAGAGGGAGGAGCUCAUGAACCGCACCUUCACCACCAACGACGCAGACACAUCCAUCCCCAUAGACGAGACCUUACAGUUAAACUCCAGCCUGCACAACGCGCACAGAGGCAUCGAUGACCUCCUGGGGAGCGGCAGCGGCAUCCUCAACGGCCUCAGAGACCAGAGGUCUACGCUGAAGGGGACUCACAAGAAGAUGCUGGACGUGGCCAACAUGCUGGGACUGUCCAAUACGGUGAUGAGACUCAUAGAAAGGCGAGCCACCCAGGAUAAGUUCAUCAUGAUCGGAGGCAUGCUGCUGACCUGCGUCUUCAUGUUCCUGGUGAUCAGAUACCUGGCCUGACCCGCGCCGUCCAUCCACAGCGGCGUUUUUUUUUUGAUCGGUUGUGGACAUUCGUGCAGCACAACAUCCCUCAUGAUAUGAAUUUUUGUCAUAAAAAUCAUUUUUGUAAUGGGUGCCAUCGUUUUUUUUGUUUUCAAAGUUUUAUUUUAGGCACUUGGAAAAUGGUAAGUUUGGCGCUGGCCUGAAUUAGACAGUAUUUCGAAGUUCUCCGAGGGUGUUGAACUUCUGAUGAUCAGUUCGAUUACUGCCACACAUCCAUUUUUUUUUUUUUUUCAUCAAAACCACUGUAACAGCUGUUAUAUCACCAUUAUUACUGUUCCCAAACGGCUUCAUAAAAAUACUUCAAGUCGCUAUUUAUUCUUAGCUUGCUUUUGCCUCCAGUGUUAACGUUCCUUAAGUUGUCGUCCAUGUCGUCAUUCUGCCUUUUUGGAAAGAGAAAUGCUUUGAAAUUCUAAGAAUGCUUCAUGAUUCAUAAUUGUUCAACUUAAAGAAAACCAACAAGAAAUUCUUGGGUUUCCAUGUUUUAUGAUGUUAUCAGUUACCUGUUUAUUAGGUACACCUCAAUAGUGCUAAUAUUAAUACAUUACCACCAGAUGUCUUGGACAAACUGAGAGAAACAUGACGAUAUAAUGACUGAAGUUAACCUCCAUGAUGGCGGACACUGUACUGUAUUAAUAGUAGCGCGAUGUACCCAAUAAACUAGGGACUGAGCAUAUAUUGUAUGUACCUGUGGUUACAUGUCACAGAUAAGCAGGGUGGCAAUUAAGGCCCAUUGAGAAAAACGAUAGAAGCAGCCGUCUUUUUCUAAUCGUUACGUGCUUUCUCUUGAAUUCAUGCUUAGGACUAGUCUCACUAUGUGAGUGAUUUAAUUCUCUCAACUGAAUAAAACAUGUAUCAUUUCCUUUCUA